UAUUUCUUUUAGUUCCGUGCGAAGGAUGAGGAGAAGGGUCCCAUUCUUCCCUCCUUUUCUUUCCUUCUCCAAAUCUAUAUAAAGAAGCAGCAUUUGCAUCAACGUUUACCUCAAAACCACACACCUCACCUUGUCUCAAAAGACUAAACGCAUAUAAAAGAAGGCAUUGUCCACAAACCAAACACAAGCUAGUUCUAUUUUUUUCUAGCUUUAAAUGAGUGAACAAGAGUGAAGGAAGAAAAGAAGCACACCAUUGUUAGUUUGAGAAACAUAGCAAGAGAGUUCAAUGGGGAAGAGAGAGUUUCAUGGGGUGGCGUUGAUGCUGUUGUUUUUGUGGGUUUGUGGCGUCACUGCCUCUGUGACUUAUGACCACAGAGCCAUUAUAGUUGAUGGCAAGAGAAGAAUUUUGAUCUCUGGCUCCAUUCACUACCCGGGAAGCACACCUCAAAUGUGGCCAGACCUUAUUCAAAAGGCCAAAGAUGGAGGCCUUGAUGUUAUCCAGACUUAUGUGUUCUGGAAUGGACAUGAACCUUCUCCUGGAAAAUACUAUUUCGAAGAUAGGUAUGACUUGGUUAAGUUCGUGAAGCUAGUGCAGCAAGCAGGACUUUAUGUUCAUCUCCGUAUUGGUCCUUACAUAUGUGCUGAAUGGAACUUGGGGGGAUUUCCUGUUUGGCUCAAGUAUGUUCCAGGCAUUGCUUUCAGAACCGACAACGAGCCUUUUAAGGCGGCAAUGCAAAAAUUCACAGCUAAGAUUGUUAGCUUGAUGAAAGAAGAGAAGUUGUUUCAAUCUCAGGGUGGUCCCAUAAUUAUGUCACAGAUAGAGAACGAAUAUGGACCAGUGGAAUAUCAAAUUGGUGCACCUGGAAAAGCAUAUACAAAAUGGGCUGCUCAAAUGGCUGUUGGUCUAGACACUGGUGUUCCAUGGGUUAUGUGCAAGCAAGAAGAUGCUCCUGAUCCUGUUAUUGACACCUGCAAUGGGUAUUACUGUGAAAACUACAAGCCCAACAACAACAAAAAACCCAAAAUGUGGACUGAGAAUUGGACUGGUUGGUACACUGAGUUCGGUGGUGCAAUCCCUCUUAGACCAGCAGAAGACUUGGCAUUCUCAGUUGCGAGAUUCAUUCAAAAUGGUGGUUCAUUUGUUAACUACUAUAUGUACCAUGGAGGAACUAACUUUGGUCGGACAUCUAGUGGCCUCUUCAUUGCCACUAGCUAUGACUAUGACGCGCCUCUUGAUGAAUACGGACUUCAAAAUGAACCAAAGUGGGGUCAUUUGAGAGAUUUGCAUAAAGCAAUAAAACAAUGUGAGCCUGCUUUAGUUUCUGGAGAUCCUAAAGUGACAUCACUUGGAUAUAACCUUGAGGCACAUGUGUUCUCCACCUCUGGUGCUUGUGCUGCAUUCAUCGCAAAUUAUGACACCAAAUCUUCGGCAAAAGCUACAUUUGGAAAUGGACAAUAUGAUCUACCACCUUGGUCUAUUAGUAUUCUUCCUGAUUGCAAAACUGUUGUUUUCAACACAGCAAAGGUUGGUGUCGACAAUUGGUUGAAAAAGAUGACUCCUGUAAACAACGCAUUUGCUUGGCAAUCAUAUAAUGAAGAACCUGCCUCGUCCAGUCAAGAUGAUUCCAUUGCAGCAGAUGCACUUUGGGAGCAGGUCAACGUGACCCGAGAUUCUUCGGAUUAUUUGUGGUACUUGACAGAUGUCAACAUUGAUGCUAAUGAAGGUUUUAUAAAGAAUGGAAAAUCUCCUAUUCUUACCGUAAUGUCAGCAGGCCAUGUUCUCCAUGUUUUCAUUAAUGGUCAACUUUCAGGAACUGUAUAUGGCGGAUUGGGGAAUCCUAAAUUAACAUUUAGUGACAGUGUGAACUUGAGGGUUGGCAAUAACAAGAUUUCUUUACUUAGUGUUGCCGUUGGUCUCCCGAAUGUUGGCUUGCACUUUGAAACAUGGAAUGCGGGUGUGUUAGGUCCAAUCACUUUGAAGGGUUUGAAUGAGGGGACACGAGACUUGUCCCAACAGAAAUGGUCUUAUAAGGUUGGACUAAAAGGUGAAGCCUUGAGCCUACAUACUAUAAGUGGGAGUAACUCUGUUGAAUGGGCACGAGGAUCAUUAGUGGCUACAAAACAACCUUUAACAUGGUACAAGACAACUUUUAGUGCACCUGCGGGAAAUGAUCCAUUGGCUCUAGAUAUGAAUAGCAUGGGAAAGGGUGAAGUAUGGAUAAAUGGUCAGAGCAUUGGUCGCCAUUGGCCUGCAUAUAUAGCACAUGGUAGUUGUAAUGCUUGUAAUUAUGCAGGAUAUUAUACUGAUAAAAAAUGUCGGGCAUAUUGUGGAAAGCCAUCUCAGAGAUGGUAUCAUGUUCCUCGCUCAUGGCUAAACUCAGGAAGUAACUUCUUGGUUGUGUUAGAAGAGUGGGGAGGUGACCCUAAUGGAAUUGCUUUGGUGAAAAGAACAUGAUAUGUGAUAUUAUGAUGCUCUAUUAAAAGGAGCAACAUUGGAAAGCAAUACAUAUCCUUAUAAUUAAUGUCUUGGAAUCCAAAGAAGCUCUAAAAUCUCAAUUGAGUCCUAUGCAGUUAGGACCAUGUGAUGCAAUAAAUAAUAAGUGUGGUUAAGAUCUUAUUAGGUUCAAUAUAGAAAAUAUUUAAAGUUCAACAUUGAUACUUUGUCUUUUGGUUGCUCAAGUUUUCCCUAAAAGAAUGCCAGCCUAGCCAAAAGCAAAAAUGUAUAUAAGAGAAAUUGGAUGCAAAGACUGUGUACUGUACAUAGUCAAGCUGUUGUGCUGAAUAUUGCUCCAAUUAUUACAUACAGGGCUUGUAUCAAUGAAGAUCAAGUCCUUACACAUUAAAGUUACUAUACAAAGGAGAGAAUUGUACACUCAAAAUGUGUCAGACUUCUACGACAUUCUACCAAAAGUUAUUGUGUUUUUCCAUUAAAAUUAUUAUGUAAGAACAUAUUGAAAGUAAUAAAAGUUGUUUUGGAAUUGAUCUUA